AUGUCGAGCGACGUCAUGCAGCAACCCAUGCCCAUCCGCUGUCACCAUCCAGGUUGGGAUAUCUGUACGCCUGGUCUGCUGUCGAGUCUUGAACAUUGCUGCCCAUCGCCUAUGCACCACGACCGGCGGCGCUACAACGGGCCGCCGCGAUCGCCCUACAGCAAGAUUGCUGCUGCUCACGUGUUGCACCGCAGCAGCAGCGCGUGGGGGAUUUUCACCUCCAGUAUAUGGGUACCACCAGGCUUUCAACCAUGA